UCAACUUUAUUGCCAUCUUUUUGUCAAUAGCAUAACUACAAUUAUCACAGCUGAUGAUUAUCACAUCAGUUAAUUGAUUAUUAUUUUGACCGUUUUUAAUUAACUUUAUAUUCUUUCUUUUUUUGGUGAUCUGUUAAUUUCAAUAUUACUUUUGGUAUUAUUAAGCUUGGUGUAUCUUCAGGAUUAUUUUAAGUCAACUAAUGACCAUCACCAUGACCUGCCUUUAUAGCUGACUGAACAUAAUCUGUCAAUCAUUUAUGGCUCACAAUACUCAUCAUCUUCUUUUAUCCAAUCAUUGGUCAACAAUUAUUCUAACCAUUUGAUUUAAAGUUAAGGCCAGUUCAUCUUCAAAAUGGAUGCUGACAUCUCAUGACUUUAUGAUGAUCACACACAGUAGACAAUUAUAAUUAAAUCUAUUAAUUGUCAUUUCCAAUGGAACCUGAACGCGUUUGAGUGAAUUAUGACCCUAUUCACCGAUCAACUUAAUGGUCAUGAUGAUGACAAUCAAAUUUAACCAUCAAGGUUCAAAGAAAAGUACAGAUUCAUUUGCAUUACAAAUCUACAUUUACAAUUGAUGGAGCCCACGAUGAAGUUACAGAAAAAGAUGAAGCGUAAUUAUUCAUUAUUACGGGUUGAAUCAAGUUGAAGAUGGCAAACAAUUGGAAUAAUCUCAAUUUGACAAAGAGAGAUCAUCUAUUAUUAAUGUUUCAACUAUUCAGAUGGCUGUUCAACCUAUCAAGAAUUGUUAGAGCUGGAAAUUAAUCAUAUUAACAAUUGAGAAAGUGAUUGUCCUCUAAUCAAUCCAAGGACAAUUCUGUUUUGACGUUGGAACCUUUUUUGUUGCUCAUUUUUUGCUGCUUUUUCUGCUGCUGUUGAGUUUAUAGUCGUAGGUGAUUAUUAAACUGCAUAUUCAUGGUUCAAGAUUACAGUAACAAGAAAAAUAUGAUUAUUAUUAUAUCGUCUAUGUCUGUUUAAAUCUUCAUAAAUACACACAUACAUGCAUUAUGUGUAUUGUUAGUCGUGUACUUUGACUGCUUGAUUGCCGAUGCAGUUAAUGUUUAUUCUCACUCAGUUGAAACAGUUGCAGUUGGCUGUUGCUGGUUCUAUCAUCUUUGCUUCAUCGUUUUGCUCCUUUGGAUGUUCAGAUUCAAUUUAUCAUCAGGAUAAGAAUCCAAAAAAGAUAUGAAUUUUCUUGGGUAACAUAACCUCUGCUAAAAACAGCCAAUCUAUUGUAACGGGUGUGAAGUUAAUUUGCACACAAUGAUUUUCAGCUAAACUAAUCUGUAGUUGAUGAUCAAAUUUCGAUUCCAAACAUCGUGGAGAAGUGUGGCUUAUUCAGACAAAUGGUUAAUAUUAUCAACAAGAAUCUGAGUGGUAUUAUGCUAGAGACGAAUUCGAUACCGCAUAUUAUUCAACAAUCUAUUAUAAAACUUAUUCUUUCAUUGAUCGUCUCCAAGUCAACAGCAUGUUAAUUGACAGUUGGUAAAGAUAGUUUGGUCCAGCUUUACCUUCGCUUUAAUCUUUUAAGACUCAAGAUAAGAAUUUAUUUCAGAGAAAAAAUUUGAGUCUGAACCAAAAUAGCAACAUCUAAAUAUUCAAUCAAACUAAUUUAAUUAUUCACAUAUAAUGUGUUAUAUUUUACAUGCUUAUUAUUUAAACGUAUUUACGGUAUUAUAGCUGUUUUCAUGUGCUAUCUUGCUUCUAAGAUAUUGUUCAAAUCGGUAUGAUAGCUGGACAGAACGCUAUGUAGAACGAAAUCCAUGCUUUAAAUGUAUUUUUGGCAAAACAUCAAAAUAGUCAAACUUGACUAUUCUUAUUUCAGCCUGACAAUUGGUUAAACUAUCCAGAUUUUGAAAUGAAUUUCCCCUAAAGCUAAAGGAUUAAAGGAUUUGUCCAGCAAGAAUAGACCCAAUGAUUCAUAGCUUUAAAAUCAUUUGCCUAGUGACCAUAGAUUUGGAUGUCAGCUUUCCAACUAUAAAAAGGCCAGUGAAAGUGAUUUCUUCAACAGUUGAGUUUUCGAGUCAUAGACGUUCUCUUGUCGUUUAAACUUUCUAAAUUCAUUUUCUGUUGUUUCUAGUUUUCUUGAAAACAAUUCACAUCGUCCAUCCAAAAUGUCUUCAAAUUUAGUUUUCCAUAUUCUUGCUCUCAUCUUCCUGUCAAUCAACCCAACUUCAAAUGCUUUCCCUACCUUUGCUUCGUCCUUUUCUGGUUCUUCUCUUGGUAACCUUUUCAGUGGUGUUCCCCACAUCUCUGGUGCUUCUGUUGAAGGUACACCAUUAGUUUCUGGUGCUUCUAUUGAUGGUAGUCAACUAGUCUCCAAUGAUGGUCUAGUUGUUGACUCAUCUAAUGCCGCACAAUUCCUUCCUCAAGACUUUGUUGUACCAUCAAAUGUACUUGGAUCUACCAUGUUACAGGAGGUUCCAUACACUGAAGUUAUUCCUGGCUAUGGAAAGGUUAAAGGAUUUUCAUCUAAACUCAAGUCAUAUUUACCAGGAAAUCCUUUCAAGGGUUUAUUCAAACGUAAGGAAAGUGAGGAAGAUUUUGUUAUUGCCGAUUCUAUCGUAGAAGCUGAACCAAAACAAUUUAAAAUUGAUCCUCGUCUCAUCAAGAUUGCUUCAUCAGCUGUUGGACAUUUACUCCCAGUUGCCAAGAGUUCUGCUUCUGCUGGUAUUGGUGCUGCUGUCGGUGCUCCUAUCGGUGCUAUGAUGGGUGCUAAAGCUGGUGCUGUUAAAGGUGCUCAAGUUGGUAAAGCUUUAGCUAAACAAAAGGUUGUGAUAAGUAAGAAAAUUGGAGAAGUUGCUUCUGAAUUCAAAUCCAGAAGUAUAGCUGUUGGUAAAGCAACUCUAAACAAAGCUGUAUCCAAAAUCACUAUCAGUCCAACAGACAUCAAAAUCAAAGAAAAAGUUACAGUGAAAGUACAAAAGCCUAAAAGCUUAGAAGCUUCAGUCAAAAUCCAACACCCAAUUGUCGGUGAUCAAUUUGGUAAAAUCAAAUUGGAAGCAGUUCAACCUAAAUCCACCAAAAGUGCUUAAGUGCAAUAAUUAUAUAAAAAUAUUAUGUAUAUCAAAAAAUAACCUUAUUUUGAUAAUUUAAAUAAAAGAGUAUACAAAAGAA